CGAUUCUCCUUUUACAUUCAUGUGCCGCACCCAACGGUUCUUCCACAGCGUGCGUGUAAUAUAUUCCAUCCUUGUAUUCCGGUGAUUUGGAGGGCUUAGAAUAUCCUUGGAACCGGUUAUAUUCGAUGUCGAUCACGACCUUCAUUACCCGGAAUUGAUAAAUACGCCUAGCUGUCGUAUUUCAGUGCCGGUGCUUCCCCUUACUCUACCCCUGCGUCCUCCGUCAUGAUUCGCUUUGAUUCGGUGCCACUCGCUGUGCAACAGGCGAUGUGUACGCCCAUGCACCAGAUACUCCCUCCUUCUCCGAUGCCAUCGAACCCGACAAAAUCAUCCGGAGCUCUGUUCCUCGGCUCUCUAGCCGCCAUAUACGAAAAAGACGCUUUGCUAGAGAAAGAAAUCACACAUCUCGUACAGGUCCUCGACGCACCUUGGUUGCCUCUCUCAGAAAAAGACGGCUUCCAUUGCUACCGUAUUCCUAUCCUUGACACCGUGUCGGCGGACCUGAAGAGCCACCUAGAGGCAGCGUGCAGUCACAUAGAUCAGUGUUUGCGUUCGGGGAAGAGUGUAUUGGUUCAUUGUCAGCAGGGUGUUUCCCGGAGCGCUUCGAUUGUGAUAGCCUAUCUUAUCCGAAAUCACGGCAUGUCCUACGACAGUGCGUUCGCCUUCGUGAGACACGAACGAGCGUGUGUGAAACCAAAUCCAGGCUUCGUCCAAGCGCUUAGGGAGUGGGAAGCAAUAUGGCGCAAGCCAGUCAUCGGUCGACGGUUUACGUCCUGAUCGUCGCGCUCUGCGAUGCUCGUCGUAAAAUAUUUUUUUACCGAGGACAGGGACCUAUUCUUGGAUUUUUUUUCUGUAUUUUUAAACUGCCGGACUACUACAACUUACCACUUGUAUAUUUUUUCUCUACGUAUCAAGGGGACUUUUCUUUAAAAAAAUUUG